AUGGUGGGUAACAGGGCAAUGUCGGAAACUCAUCCCACGUUUUACCCACCUUCGCUCAUGCCACCAUUCAUGGGUGCUUACCCUCCGACGAAAUUGGAUAUCUCCUUGCACGAAGGUGGAACCAUUGGUUAUUUCCAGAAUUACAGGAAUGAAACGUUAUCAAAAUACUCGUUACCAUUGUGCGAAUGGGGUAUGCAGGAAACACCAUACAGCCCACGACCAGAUAUCACCGCAAGUACAAUACGUCGAACUAUAAAUCGUGGUUUAACUAUACCUUCAAAUGACAUUUCAACAAUUGAUCGUAAACGUAUGAAGGAAGUUGAUGACCUGUAUAAAGCAGUGCAACUUCAUCGUAGCCAAUAUAAGGAUCGCACCGGAAGCUUUCAUCCCUUAGCUUUCUUUAAAUCCGACAAUUAUGAGUAUCAAUGUGCACCUGGCUUGACGGCGUCGUAUUUCACUAAAUAUCCACUUAAUUAUAUCGAGUAUAAAAUACCUCCAGUUUUACCACUUACGUAUGAAAGAAGGAAGCAAACACCUUACAUACCAGAUUUGUCUCUUACUGGUAUAUAUAAUAAAUCAAGUUGUAUAGCUUACAAGCGAUAA